AUGAAUCGAUCUCAGUCUGUUCAUUUAUCUUUUUUCUUUUUCUUUUUCAGUCGUUCUUUAUUUAUUUUUUCUUUUGUUUAUCAUUUUUUCUUCUUAUUUUUUCUUUCUUUUUCUAUUUUUCUUUCAUUAUUUGAAAAUAUCUUCCAUUUUCACAAUCAUUUUUAUUAUUUUUUUUCCAAAUCAUUAUUUUUGCUCAUUUCCUGCUCUUUUUUUUCUUCAUUUGAAAUUUUCAUUCAUUCUUUCCUUCUGUUAUUAGAAUUUGUUCAUGUUUUCUAUUUUCUUUAUUGUGUCUUUUGCUUUUAUUCUUUUAUUUGUCACCCACAUUCUACUUCUGACACUCAAUUCCUUUCUAUCUAUUUAAGUCUGUUCAGAUCUAUCUAUCUAUCUAUCUAUCUAUCUAUCUAUCUAUCUAUCUAUCUAUCGCAGUCUGUUCAUAUCUAUCCUGAUUGUUAUUGA